GUAGAUAUAAGGGACACGCACAGCACGGAGAGUAUUCCGCGCUCGAAUUUCACGCACCAGGUUUGGAAGCCAGACGGACAAGAGCAGGAUCAGCGAGUUCGUCAGAUAGAUAAAACAAGAUGGUGGCUAAUGGUGACGCCCCUGCAAGAGGGAGUGCAGCUGCAGCUGCAAGCUUGCGCAGGCGUAGAACCACCAGUGGUGCUGCUGCUGCUGGAGGUGGUGCCGGUGCCAGUACAAUGCUUCAGUUCUACACCGAUGAGGCUGCUGGGCGCAAGAUGUCCCCAAAUGCUGUUCUGAUCAUGAGCAUAGGGUUUAUUGCGGUUGUUGCUGUGCUCCAUGUUUUCGGCAAGCUGUACCGCACCCCUAAUUAGGUUCCAUAUAUACAAGCUGAGUUUAUGUGUCUAUGAAUAGCAAAGUCGUAAACUUUGCAUAGCAAAUGACUGUCGGGUCCUGAAAAGAUUUACCAUAUAAUACUGAGAUGUUAUUGUCGAA